AUGUCUAAAUCUAUAUUAGCCAAAUUGUCGCCAUCGGCCUAUAGAGCACUUUUACUCACUUCUACACCUAAGGAAAGAGUGGUUCCAAUUGAUGCCACAUGGUAUAUGCCGAACAAUCCUAAGAACAAUAAAGAUGAAUAUUUAAAUAUUGAAAGACUUAAGAAUGCGGCAUUCUUUGAUCUUGAUGCUAUAUCCUUACCUAAUUCACCAUAUCCUCAUAUGUUACCUACUUAUGAUAUAUUCAAUGAUGCCGUGAAGGAAUUAGGACUUCAAAAGAAUGAUAGAUUAGUGGUAUAUGAUAAAUCAGGGAUAUUCUCAAGUCCUCGUGCUGCAUGGACUUUUGCAUUAUUUGGACAUCCAACUGUGUUUUUAUUGGAUAAUUAUGAUUAUUAUAAACAAUUUAGAUAUCCAGUUGAUACGACUCCUGUUGAAAAUUUCUCCACUCCAUUAAAGGCAUCAGAAUCAGAAGCAUAUGAACCAAUCUCUAGAUCUGAAUUCGAACAAAAUUAUAAAAAUCAAGUAAUUGAAUAUGAAGAAUUAUUGGAUUUAGUUGAAAAGGAUCAAUUGAGUAAAGAUUAUUUUGUAUUUGAUGCUCGUCCCAAUGAUAGAUUUACCGGAAAAGCACCAGAACCAAGACCAGGAUUAAGUUCAGGACAUGUUCCUUCAGCAUUAUCAUUACCAUUUUCAAAACUUAUUAACCCUACUAAUAAAUGUUAUAAAGUUCAAUUUGAGAUUUUGAAAACUUUCAAGGAUGAUUUUGGUUUAGACCUUUCAAAUACAGAUUUCUUGACCGGUAAAAAGGGUAUCAUUGUAAUGUGUGGUUCUGGGGUAACAGCAGUUAUUGUGAAAUUUGCUAUAGAAUUAGUUCUUGGAUUAGAUGUACCAAUCCGUGUCUAUGAUGGUAGUUGGACAGAAUGGGCAAGUAGGGCGCCUAAGGAAUAUAUCCAUAAGGAUUUCUAG